AUGUUCAAACUCCUCCCGCUCCUCCUCCUCGCGGUCCUCCUCCUCUCUUUCACUGAGUUCACUGCUGCUAUCCUCGAUAACACUCGCCCCAUCGAAGGCAACACCAUCUGCGAAACUAGUAGCGGCUCCCCCCUCACCGCUGAGCUGAUGGAACUCGUUAAGACCGGCCCCGGUUUCGAAACUCUGUGCGUUCAGAAGAAACCCAAUGACGCCAACGGUCGUCCUGGAUGCACCUGGUGCGGGGGGUUGGCCGGCGGCAAUCUCAAGAUCUCUAUCUGCGGAGUGAAGGGCUCUAGAUUCAACUUCAAGGAAGUUAAGGAGGCGUUGAAAAGAUUGGUGAAGGAAUGCACCAAAACCUACGGCCUACGCAGAAUUCGGAAGACUGGUGGGAUGUGGAGGGAUAGGGGGGGACAGUUCACGGUCCUCGCACACCUCUGA